CAACAAGGCACCCGCUUCAAAAAUUAUUAUAACUUUUUUGGAUACACUUUGGAUAACAUUAAAAUUUCAAAUUUUCUACCAUGAUCCGUUGGUCAUUACUAGUGUUCGGGUGUGUUCUGGUUUUCAGACAUAGGGUAGAGACAGCUGUUGGGGGCACGACCUGCUCUCUUGGCGGGAAUGAAUGUUCCGGCAUUGCAAACUCGUUCUGUGACGUCCCAAAUCUCGUCUGUAAAUGUGUUGACAUUGCAACAGAGGAUACUGGCGCUAGUACAUGCCCUCUCACAGUCUGUAGUUCAGACCCUACUUUAUGCACAGACGCCAACUCUGAAUGUUUGAGUUCUACGGCAUGUGCAUGCAAAACGCUCUACGAACUAAGUGGCGGCGACAAUGCUAACGCAUGUACGGCUAAAGUUUGUACCGCUGGAGGCAGCGAAUGUUCGGGUACAGGCCAGGUGUGUGACACCACACUGACUAGCCCCGUAUGCGCCUGUGAUAAUGGAUAUACCGCGACAGCCGGUGCCUGUGUUGCAAACGUUGUUGGAGGCACCUGUGCAGCAUCUGGCUAUGAAUGCUCAGCCCUUAGCGGUGGAUACUGCAAAACAGGCACUGGCUGUGCAUGCAGCGCUAUCUACGACCUUUCAGGGACUUCAUGCACUGCUAAAAGCUGUUCUGCAGCAGCAGACUGCACAGGAAUUGACCCGAACUCUGAUUGCAGUGGAGGUUCUUGUGACUGUGCCGCAACCUAUGCAAUUUUCAACACCGGCACCAGCGACAUGUGUCAACCUGGAGUUGGAGUGACGUGCACAUCUUCCGGUGGGGAAUGUCAGUAUAUUCUAGCAGGCUACUGCGACACUACAACCAAUGCGAAUGCCCCGGUCUGCGCAUGCGCAGCAAUCGCCGACAUCGCAUCACAAACCUGUAACUUUAAAGCCUGUACCGCGGACGCUUUUUGUACAGCCAUUGAUCCAAACUCAGAGUGCAUAAAAGGCAACUGCCUCUGUAAAUCCGGAUAUGAUAUAAAUGGCUCGGGGACGUCAAAUAAGUGUGAACAACAAAGUGGGUCAGAGGCGAUCACAGCAUCAUUCGUUAUGGUGAUGGCAUGCCUGGUGAUUAGUUUUCUACAAAACUAAUCAACGAUUGUAAAGGAGUACUGGACUGGACCGAAUAUGGACACCGAUUUCAGAACAACAACUGCAAACUUACUUUUGGGUGAAUUAGUGCCAACAUUGUGAUAAAAUGAAGCUUUAUAAUACCAACUCUUGCGUGAUAAAACGAUGCAACUUAUGUUUCUUUUAUGUGAUAUGAAGAUGAUACCAGUUGCACGUAUAUGAUCUUAAGAGAAGCCACAUAAAGCAUGUAGAAAUUAACUGAUAUCAAACAAUCGUUUGAAUGAAGAAAAUACAAUGUUAACUGGUGUUUGGUGUUGAAUAAAACAGCCUGUUACCAGCGUAUACGUGUAUAAACUAAAAACUACGGGACUGAACUUUGAUAAUUGAUGUUAAGAUUUAAACAAAUGUAGUAAAAACACCCACUAAAUAUCAUGUCAAUGUUAAUUGUAGUCGGUUGAGCUUUUUUGAAGUUCCUGGCGGUUUAUUUAAUGCUAUGUUAAUGAAUUUAUCUCUUUCUUCUGUUCACAAAAUACCAGCUUACAUCUGGAUUAUAGAAAACAAACAUUGGUUGACCAGAACACCUUCAGACUCACUUUUAUAACACUUAUUCCAAUCUGAAAACGUACUAUUCCAGUCCGGCAACGAAAUCCACCCUGAUUUUAAUUUAUGUAUAUCUUAACAACCAUUUUUCCAAAUAUUACCACUAAUUCUACGGGUGUGACACUUUUCGGAUUGCGAAAGGUAAAUCUAAAGCAACCUGCUUUAUAUCUAUUGUUCAAAGAAUGUCAAAACAUAAUAUCUAAAUCUUUUUUAAUACGUGUUCAUAUAAAGUUUUCUUAAUAAAAUCCAUUUGUAAGCUGUUGAAUUUUAAUAUAUUUUUGUCUUACCAAGUCUUUGUGUGUUGUUUUAAUAAACGUUUAAUCACUA